UGUGCUGCGGCUGCAGAACCGAGCAGGCUCACAUUAUAAUUCACACACACUGAGAGACAACGAUUUUGUGCGCGGUGCGACUUAUUUGAUUUAUAGGCAGACACCGGCUAGAAUUCCAAAAAAACAGUCGGUCCCCUCCCUUUUCAUUUUUUUUCUUCAUCCAUUCACCGAUCUAUCUGUCCGUCCGUCCGUCUGUCCCUCCUCCUCCUCCCCUUGGGGCUGCUGGACGACGAGCGAGGAGGCCGUGAGGAACGCUCUACCCUACUCCAAUGAGAGAGAGAGAAAAGACGCUCUGCCAGGACAUUUGGGCUUAUCAGUGCGGACGAAGGUAGACUUUUCGGGGCGGGUAUGGUGAGGGACUUUCUCGGCACUACUGCACCUCGAACAGCCAAACCAAGAUCAUGAGAGGGUGUAAGACGGCGGAGAAGCGGCCGGCAUACCCUUGUCUUUGACGACGCGGUCCGUGUGUCCCUUUCUCAGCUUCUGGAUGGCCGCGCAGGUGACGGAGAGAAGAUGAUGGAUGCAACGAAGGAGGAUGUUAUUGAAUUCGUUUGAGAACAUUAUUUGAUCUUCAACGCUCGACAGCAAUGACACUGAUAUUUCAAAGGAAAACGGUAUUUUUCUUUCACCUUUCUCUUCGAGAUUGUCUAGUCUGAAUAAUACGCAUUAAUAACAAAUGUCACAAUAUCCUGGUAUCAAGGCUUGUCAGAGCGCACUAGUAAAACAACUGUAAGGUGGCGGGAGCCCCAUUAUUGCCACACUGUGCCAAACAUUGCGGAUGUUUUAAAUAAAUAAAUAAUAGUGGCUUUUUCCCUUUUCGAUGCCUUUUAAGUCUCUGUUUCUAAAAUGCCAAGUUGGACGCUAGUGACGGCCGUAGCUCUAGGCUGUUAAUUAUUUUCAGAUUUAUAUUCGAAAUCAGAUUUAUUGAGGCCUGUGUGAUAUUAAAGGCGUUUACAUUUCGAUUACACGCUGUUAUGAGAGUAAAGGAAUAAAUCGUGCAGAAAGGUGCAGGAGGCUGCGGUGCGCUCUGAUACAGGCAUGAACCAUGGAGAACAUGAAACAUUCAUGUUAAGUCGCUACAGUCUCCCCAUGAUUUCAUGUUGGGGGCGAAUCCUGCUUCAUACGGACAUAAGAACCGACUUAGACUGAGACACCCCACAGCACUACCCCACAGUGCAAGCAGUCAGCCAAACGACCGCACAUUUCAUUUCCUCACACCCACAAUUGGCCGUUGGCAGAGACGCACCGAGAAGGAGACAGUACAUGGGCGUCCUCGUCUGCUAAAAGCAUCAUAUAACUGCUCGCCGGGUGCAGGUGUUCAGCAUUAGACCAACAAGACAACCCGUUGUGCAUAUGAGACGUUCCGAUCCAGAUGGGAUGUAAUGUUGUGUGGCUGCACAGCUGAGCAUUGGUCUCCUUCUCCGCUGCUUCGUGAAGAUUGGAUUUCGGUGUCCAGAGAAUGGCGCGGUUUGGAGAUGAGGUACCGGCCAGGUAUGGCGGAGGGCCCGGCGGAGGGGGCCAGGGUGGCCGCGGUGGUAGCAGGCAAGGAGGACCCCACGGACACACUCAUGGACACGGACACGGCCAUGGCCACGG